GUGAAAAAAAUGGAGACAAAUAAAGUGCUCUUUGUUCCACGCACUCCUUUAAUACUCACAAUUCUGAUUCCUAAAACCAAAUAUAUCUAAUGAGUCCCAUUUUUACCGAUUUAUCUUUAUGUUUUGAUGUUUGUUGCUACACAAUUUUGUUUUUGUUUUUUACUCUUGCAGAAGGUGAGUUUAAGAAAUUGGAAAAUUGAAGAAAAAGUGGGAAAAAAAUAUCAUGGGUAGCACAUGGUAAGAACAUGGGAAAGUGAAUGAAACCCUUUUCAAAAAUAUUAACUUGAAGCCAAAGUUUGAAAGUUGAAGCCAUAUAAUUUAUGUACAAAUAUACACACCCACAAACUGUUUGUUGUGUGGUCUCUGAGAAGAAAGGUUCUAGAUUCAUUCACAUAUGAGCCAAAAAGACAAAACCAACACCAAGAACAAGAACUAGAAUUAGAUUUAAUUACCAAAAUGUCCCCAUUUGAUUCUCCUCAGCCAACAACAACUGAGACUAGUACUCAUAGCAUCAGCACAAGCAACAGCACAAGUCCAAGUGGUGGUGGUGAUAUGAUUUUGCAAUGGGGUCAUAGAAAGAGAUCAAGGAUCUCAAGGGGUAUUGCCAUUGAGGAUUCUUCAUCUUCUGUUCAUGCUAAACAACAUAAGAGGAGGAUCAGCAGCAGCCACACUGUCCCUGGAAAGCCGGCAGCCGUUGUCGCCAAGUUGUCGUCUGCCGGAUCCAUGCCGCCGCCGCCACCUUUUGUUUCUUCAGGAGCAGCUGCCUCCAAUGGCAGCAGGACCAGAAAACAUAGUCCUAGGAAUUUGGAAGAUCCAUCUGCAGCUGGAAGCGAAUCCCCUUCAAGAAAUAGCCAAUGCAGCAAUUCCAUUGUUCCGAAAUCAGCAGCACUGAAAAAGUCUCAUUCUGGACUAGAAAGAAGUAACAGAAGGAUGCCUUCUUCUGGUUCAGCAAAGUGUCAGAAGCCGAGUGGUUCAUCGACAACACAAGCCUCUGAAAGACUGUACAGUCAAGGUGAUUCUGCCUCGGUGCAAUCCGAGCAGGAUCCUGGUGUUGUUCCGGCUGUAUCAGCUAUGACCUCGCUGGCAGCAAAUGGAGACAAGGUCACUGUGGAAGUAGUUAAAUGGCCAAGGAUCUACAUUGCACUUUCAAGAAAGGAGAAAGAAGAUGAUUUCCUUGCCAUGAAAGGAACAAAGAUACCUCAAAGACCAAAGAAAAGAGCAAAGAACAUAGACAGAACUCUACAGUACUGUUUCCCGGGAAUGUGGUUAUCAGACCUGACAAAAAGCAGGUAUGAGGUCAGAGAGAAGAAGUCUGUGAAGAAGCAAAAGCGCAGAGGACUGAAAGGAUUGGAAAGCUUGGACAGUGAUUCCGAAUAAGCAUAUAUAGUCCAAUAUGCUUACUCAAAAUCAUGGUCGAAGCUAGGUGUGUGACAAGUGAACACUAACGAAGAGGAGAAUUUUUCUUUUAGAAAGUCUUCAAAGCUGGUGGCAUGAUUAGUUUCACUCUUCACAACCUUGUCAUUGAAAUUGGCUCAACUACCAUUUUGAGUUGUAAUCUUAAGGGACUAUAGCUCAUCCUUAUUGGCAUGGAAGUGAAUGGCUAGAAGCUCUAAUGUCUUAAAAGUAGACAUAAAGAAAGAAAUAGUCAC